AUGGGACAAAGACAUUUUCUCUGUAAAAGUGUCAAUACAUCAAGAUCUUUGUGUAUUUCUCAAACAGGUCAACAGGAGAAGGGACAAUAUUCAAGAAGAUCAUCUUCUGAAGAAAAUCAACAGAAUGGUCACUCCAAUUCUGGCAGCCAACAGAUCAAGGGACAGUAUUCAAGGAGAUCAUCUUCUGAAGAAAAUCAACAGAAUAGUGAUGCCAAUUCUACAAGCGAUGAAACUAAUGGCCAUGAUUUAGAAGACAUUGUGGAGAACAAUAACUCUGAUUUUUCUUCCUCUUCUUCCUCCUCCUCUUCUUCAGAAGAACAUUAUGGAGAACCAGGCCCACCGGGUCCACCUGGAUUACCAGGACCAAUUGGUCCACCAGGAUACCCAGGAAAGCCAGGGUUUGGGCUGCCAGGUCACCCUGGUAAGCCUGGACCACCCGGACCACAAGGACUAUCAGCUAUUGGAAAACCAGGUGGCCCAGGAGAACCAGGAAAGCCAGGCGUGCCAGGAUCUCCUGGCCGAAAAGGGGAUAAGGGAUCUCAGGGGAUGCAAGGACCAAGAGGACCUCCAGGACCUAGCGGACCUCCCGGACCAGCUGGGUUAUCUGUUAUUGGGAAGCCAGGGGCUAAAGGACCACCAGGUCCUCCAGGAACACUUGGAUUUCCUGGAAGAAAAGGGGACCCUGGAUACCCUGGUCUACCCGGACCAAAAGGAGAUAAAGGGGUUGGAAUUCCAGGUCGUCCUGGUGAUAAAGGUGCUCCGGGACCACGUGGUCCGCAAGGACCACCUGGUCCAGAAGGUAAAGGACACAAAGGACCCCCAGGUCACAAAGGUGAAUCAGGAGACAAAGGUGAAAAGGGAUCACAAGGGCCUCCUGGACAUCCAGGUAAACCAGGCCAUGAUGGUCCACCAGGACCACCUGGUAAAGAUGGAAUUGGGAAGCCUGGAAUACAGGGACCACGAGGAGUUCCUGGAAUGAAGGGUCACCCUGGUCUGCAAGGUUUGCCAGGUUCACCUGGGUUGCCAGGUGUUGGAAAGCCAGGUCUUCCAGGACUCAAAGGACACCCAGGUUCUCCUGGAUUGACUGGAAAGCCUGGAAGUAAAGGAGAGAAAGGAUCAGCUGGAGAACCUGGACCUCGCGGCCCUGUAGGACCAUCAGGGUCACCAGGUCCAAAAGGCCCAAAAGGUCCACCAGGUAAUGUUGGUGCACCAGGAGAGAAAGGCCAUCCAGGACUAAAGGGUCCAGAAGGGCCUUCUGGCCCAAAGGGUGAGCAAGGGUCAAAAGGGGAGCAAGGAAAAUCUGGGCCUCCAGGAAAGCCAGGUGAGGAGGGUAAAAAAGGAGCACAAGGUCCACCUGGAGAAAAAGGAGAUAAAGGACCUGUUGGGCCACGUGGCAAACCAGGGAACGCAGGUCCUCAAGGUCCUCAAGGACCACAAGGGCCUCCAGGUAAACCUGGAGAGAAAGGACAUCCUGGAUUACCUGGUUCAGUAGGUCUAACCGGGUCUCCAGGUUCUCCAGGACACCCAGGAGUGAAGGGAGAUCCUGGAGUUCCAGGACCACCAGGUCCUCCAAGUAAAUUUAAUGCAAAAGUCAUAAAGGGGCCAAGUGGUCCACCUGGACCAAAAGGAGCAAUUGGUCCACCAGGCAUUCCAGGAGCUCCUGGUCCAGCAGGCCCACCAGGAGAAAUUAUUAUACCAAAAGGAAAAUAUGCAGGUUAUAAUGGUUACAUUGAUUCAGGUGGCGUGGUGAGUCCUGUUCCAGCAUUUACAGCCAUUCUCUCUCAGCCAUUUCCUCCCAAAGGGCAACCAAUAGUGUUUGACAAGAUACUGACCAAUUCAAAUAACAACUAUGAUUCAUCAAAGGGAAUUUUCACAUGUGAAAUACCUGGUAUCUACCAAUUUUUUUAUCAUGUACAUGUUAAGGAAACAAAUGUUUGGGUGGCAUUAUAUAAAAAUGAAGAACCUGUAAUGUACACGUAUGAUGAGUAUACACCACAAUAUGUUGACCAUGCUUCAGGAACAGCUAUCUUACAUUUGGAUGAAAAUGACAAAGUAUAUGUACAAUUACCUGCAGAAAAGUCUAAUGGUGUGUAUUCUUCUGAAUAUAUGUAUUCAUCAUUUUCUGGAUUGUUAAUAACACCAUCAUGA